AGGGAUUCCGAGUGGAAACGGAUCCGUACAGUAAUAUCGCCCGCAUUUACGUCCGGAAAACUCAAACGAAUGACUCCUUUAAUCCUUGAAUGCGUGGACACUAUGAACGACAACAUCGACAAAAUCAUUGCCAAAAGUAAUAGCAAUCUCUCGGCACCGGUAGACAUGAAACUAAUCACCGGUGCCUACUCUGCGGAGUCUACAAUACAAGUGGCUUUUGGCCGGAAAGUGUCGGGUCUGUACGACCGUACAAAUCCUAUAAUAGAAAAUGUCCACCAAAUGAUCAGUCCCAGUUUUGUUACCCGUAUGAAAGCGGGUAUAAUAAUGAUGGCGCCAAACGUGGCUCAAAUGCUCAAGCUAACUUUUAUUAGUAGUAAAGUUACGGCAUUUUUUCGCGAUUUUACAUUCAAUUUAAUCGACGAUAGGAAACGGGUUUUGGAAACCGGAAGUCCUGUAAAAAGGGUUGACUUUUUGCAACUAAUGUUGAAUGCGAUGAGUGAUGAUAAUAAUGAGGCGAUCAAUGGGUCCGAAGAAUAUACGGAUAGUAAGUGUGAGACAUAUAUGGAAAUACAGGUUACGGAUGAUGUGGUUGAUAAAAGCCUUUCCUACGAUGAGCUCAUAGCCCAAAGUGUGAUGUUUUUAAUCGGCGCCUAUGAGAACACUUCGACCACUCUAUCCCUGUGUUUGUAUAGUAUUGCUAAACAUCCGGAAGUUCAGCACAAAUUAUACGAUGAAAUUCAUACAUUUCACGGACAAAAGAAAUCAAGUGCCGAUCCGUACGAAACGAUACACUCAUUGAAAUACAUGGACGCAGUCAUCGACGAAACCCUACGACUAUUCCCGCCCCUCCUGUUCCUAAAUAGGGUGGCCACCGAAGACUACGAGCUAAAGGGCACCGGUAUUACUAUUAAAAAGGAUCACGUGGUGCACAUUCCAACCUACGCCAUGCAUAGAGACCCGGAAUACUUUGCCGAUCCGCAAGUGUUUAGACCGGAAAGGUUUUUACCGGAAAACAUAGCACACAAUCCCUAUACGUAUUUGCCAUGGGGUGCCGGCCCUCGAAACUGUCUGGGCACCCGAUUGGCUCAGUUGGAGAUUAAAUUAGCCCUGGUCAAUCUCGUACAUCGUUACGUUUUCCACACAACAGACAAACCAUUGGAGCAAAGUGUUUCCGGUGAUCUAAUUAUAACGAAAUCAGUGGAUUUGAAAAUUGAAAAGCGAUUGUAA